AUGUUUCGAAACCCAUGGAUCUCUAGUUACCAUGUGAACCAUGUGCAGACCUGUGGCCAAGGUAAGGCCUGCGAAACGGGGAAGUUUGGACUGGGUUUUAGGGAUGACCGGAGCACCUUUUACUCGAAAGACCGCUAAGUGGACUCGGCUUAUGUGGUUUAGUUCCUCGCUGGGACAAAUGAGAGCGUUUGGAGAGUUAAAGGAAUUAAAAUACUCGAAUACUGAGUCCUGGUUCUGCCAUGAAAUGAGGAUUCAUGACAGAGGAUUGGUCAGAAGUGUUUGGGACAGUGUGAGGUGAUUCAAAACUUCAACUGUUUGCUUGAAUGUUGGAUGAUGUCGGAGCUCCCCAGACGCCACCUGACCAACAGGUGUGCUGUCUUGCUUUGUCUUAUUUCCAUGAUCUCCUGCUCUAAACAGAUUGUGUGCAAGCAAAGGCUGGAGAGAGUCUAUUUUGCACCUCUGAAUAUUUAUAGAAAAUCCCUCUCCUCUUCACCACGCUCACUUUGGGACCGUCAGCAGCCUAAGCUGCUCUCUGGCACUGCCAGCCCUGCCUUGUAUGCUACUUGUUUUGUUGACAACCUACAGGCGUUUCCAAGGAAAGCUGAACUGACUUCUGUGCACGGGGCUUUCCGGAAAGAAAAAUAGACAGAUACACACUCACUUGAUCCCGGACGGGGUCAGACGCUUUCAGGAAACCUUUACUGAUGGGUUUAGAUAACGAGACUAGAGAAUCCGAGUCGCCAGCUUGUCUCUUUCACUCUUCCUUUAAAUACAAAGUGGAUGACACAAUCCUUUAAAUGAAGAUAUGUCUAUGUCAAACACAUCAAUCUUUAAUUUGAGUAUCAUUAAAAGAACAUGAAGUCUUUGUUUUUACUACCACACCUUUCACUUCCUCUGCGUCCACCCUGCCAAACAUUCAUGCCAUGUUGCCACACAGUCUUUGGAGGCCAAAAUAAGAAGGAGGUGUUCUGGAGGCGUCUGGAGCAGUAACGAGAUCUGUCUCCUCUGCUGGGAUACAACUUUACAACAAGCUGCUGCUGCUGCUGUGGUGACGUGAGCGCAAGAGAGUCAGCUAUCAGCCGGGAACCGCUUGUGAACUUUCUCAGAUGCUUGUUUUUUUUGACAAGUGACUCAAACUGAGGCGGAGGUUGUUGAUGAUGUGAACCCUGAUGGAGGAACAGUGACCGCUCUUGUUUAGAUCUAAGCUGAUGGUUUAAGAGGAGUUGGUCAGUUGUUCUAAUAAUCGACUUAGUUGAAAAACUAAAAAAGGAGUUGACUCUUGUUGACAUGGCUGCACCAGCACGUUAGUGAUAACCAUUGUGGAUAUAAAUAUGACUUUUAACACGUCAAACUGUUCUUUAUUAUCAGCUUCUCCGGGACUAAUGUGUUUGGACGCCACCACCGCACUGUUGCACCAUCAUGACGGGGUUGUCCGGUUUAAAAAACCGCGUUGGAAAACACAACAGGCUAAAUCAGUGAUGACAAAUUACUGAAAUAAGAUUAAAGAGGCCCAGUUUGGGAAACACAUCUAUGAGUUUAAAGGCUUAUUCAACACCCAAACACCGCACAGCAGUUUAUAAUGCUAUUAGACAGGAUUGUACAAGUCUCUCAUUUCAACCUCCGUUUUGGCAGUUUGCAAAGUAAACAGCAAUCGAAAACAGUUUAUGUUUACGCCAACUUUGAUACUGAACUAAGACACUCUUCUUUGCAGCUUCUUUUGUGCUUCUGCAGGGCUGUCUCUGAAAAAUAAAUUGGGGUUUUUAAUUGAUAAACAGGCACUCUCUGCCUCCCAUCUUUGUGAUCAGCUUUGUUAUGAACCAGGAGACAAACAGCGAAGAGUGAGCUUAGAAACAUAGUGCUAACUUUGACCAGAAAGUCAUCUUCCAAAACCUGAAACAGAUUGAAAUUAACUCUGAUGUGACCGUAGGAUCUACAAAAGAAAAAAAGACACUCAGUUUGUAUUGUGUAAAAUGGUGUUUCUGAGAGUCCCUGACAGGAGCUUUACAGGGGUGUAAACGUCUGUGUGGACUGUGGACCCAAGACUGAUUCUCAUUUCUCUUUUCAGGAUUCGAAUCUGAAGCUCCCACAAAACUCUGCAGCUCCAUUUCACUCCCAACAGAAACCUUAAGGUGAGUUUGUUCCACACUUAGACGUGAGAAAAAAAACGACCCUGACUCUGUCGUGGUAAUCACUGCAUGAGCUCAAAACGCAAAGAGGAAACCAUUUUUCAACGUCAGCAAGAGACUGAAGUGAAGUGGUACACUGUCCUCAUGGACGCCACAUCCUCGGCUCCAAAGAGCAGACGGACCGCAGACCGUUAGUGUGUAAGCGUCUAUGGCGUGGGUAACUUACACAUCUAGAAAAGCACCAUUAAAGGGAUAUUCCAACGUAGAUUUAAGUCAGGGUCAAACACACCGUAACACCGAGUUAGACACCCCCUCGAGAAAUGAAUGUUGCCGACUGCUUGCUUCUCUAGUUAUACCAACUUUAGUAACGACCGCAGAUAGCAAUACACAGCGGUCUACGUCUCCAUGCGCAAACCUCAACCAACACGUCACUCUAUAGCUACAAAUAAUACUCAGAACAGCACCUAACUUCAUCAAUUCUUUGAGUGCUCUCAUCUCGACCUACCAUCAGCUCCUUGCUAGCAAGGAGGAACUGUAGGGUGACCAGACGUCCCCGAUUUCGAGGGACAGUCCCCAUUUUGGAUGACCUGUCCCUGGCCAGUUAUCCCCGGUUUCAUGAAUGAGAAAAAAACAACGGUUAGGGCUGGUAGGAAGUGCGAGUGAGCAUGCAGCGCGCGGGGGAUUAUUCCAUUAUUCCGUUAUUCCAUUUGCAUCAAACAACGAUCAAAUCGAUGAUUGAUUUAUUGAUCAAUGGACUGUCAUUAAAAUGCCCAUUCCUACGCCGAAGUGUCCCUUUAAUGCCUUUUUCAGGGAAGACCGUUACCAUUCCAGCAAGACAAAAGAAAAUCUGCUCACCGUAGUACUAGCCAUCAAAAAAGCUCCAAUAACAGGACGCUUUAUUCGCUCAGACCUUUUACACUCUCCCUGUUUUUGCUGCGUCAUCAGGAUGCGGAUUUGAAAGGCUAUAGGUUCACUACAGUAUGGCGCUUUAGCUUAGCAUGCACAGCAAGCAUUAAAAGCUGGAGAUGCCAGGAACGGCUUAUCCUAAGACACUUUUGUUGUUCACAUGACAUUAUGGUUGUAAUACUUCCUCGAGGACCACAAACUAAGCCCCCGAUUUUUUUUUUUGUACAAGUUUACAGAGGAACCUCACACUUACAGGACAAUAAACCAAUAAAAUCAGGAACAUUUUUCAGGUUUUAAAGUUUUAAAUUGUAGAUUUUAAUGGUGGAAUGUAAAGGUUUGAAUUUAAAGAUGAUAAGACUGUUUUCUUUUUGUGGCUGACUCAGUUCAGACAAAUCAGUUUCAGCUAAAUUGGAGCACAUGUUUGAGGAAGAUUUACAUUAGGGAAAGGUUAGUUUAUUUAUCCUUGCAUUAGCUGUUGAUUGUGACAUAAGGCAUUCAAGGAAGAGCCUGAUUGUCUGUUUCCACUUGGAGGAGAAUCGGGACUUGAUGACCGAGUUCUUAAGCUGGAUCCCGCUGGCGGUGACACCGGCUGAGCAUCACCUUUACCUGCCGUCACCUCUUUAAGACACGGCGUUUGAGACAGAGGCGCCGGCGUGGCUCAAACAAAGCACAGUUAUUGUUAGAGCUGAUCUGCAGGAGUCGAAGACAACGCUGAAAUGCUUGUUCGCCUUGUGUUGGAAUAUAAACAUUCUGUUUGGACUGUGAAAGUGGGAAAUGAAGAGUGACCUUGUCCAUGUGUUUCAGUUUUCAGAGCGACUUUCCCUCGGGUGACAAGACCGCCUUGGUCAAGAGCGUUUCUGCUCCAGAUGCCAAACUUCUAGCGGUUCUACCAAAGGGUGAACAUGUUUUUUAACCAUCAUAAACUCCUUAAAAAUUUCAUUUAAUUCUGCUAUUUUUAUAUUUUCUGUUUUGAUGUUCAGUUUCAGAGUUGAAGAAAUACUUUGAGGGAUCUGUCACACAGGAUUUAGGAAUGAACAGGUACGCAUUUUGCGCUAUUACCUAGUCUUUAUUAAACAGUCUGACUCUUUGUGAUCAGCUGGUAACUUUUCUUCUUCCUUGUCGUCCCUGACAGGAAGGAGAGGAUAGCUCGGCGCCUGGAGGGGAUUGAAAGCGACGUCCCGCCCGCUCUGGUUCCUGGUGGUUUGGUCGCCAACAGAAUGCUGGAGGAGGAUCCUCCGCGAUACACCCGCGCCUCAGAUAACUGUGAGCCAUGUGUGAUGGGUAAGCAUGGCAUGAUGCACUGUAUAUGAUGCUGCUUUAACUGAGACUCCUGAAAUGUUGAUGUUUGUGUUUUUUAGAUACUCAGCUGGUUUGAAAUCAAAACUGAUAAAAUCUGUCGCAUGUUGUUGCAUUUUGCAGAAAGUUUGCUUUGUGUUUCAAUGAAAUAGCUCCAUGUUUGUGCCCUAUGGGGUUGAAUGUAGGAAACAUAACCAAUUUAACUGUGAGAUAUGAAGUUGGUUAUGUUGGUUACAAUACCAUGCAAUGUAGGGCUGGGCGAUAAAACAAAAAUUUACCGGUACUGAACUUUACGACAAUGACCAACAUCAUUUUGCCCAUAACGUAUAUUCAGUGUCAGAGGUUUCAGAGUGUAGGUAGGCUAUGGUCUCAUGUCUAAUUAAGACGCUGUCCUAAGUGGGAGAUGUGACUCCGCCCCAUCCAGUCCGUAACAAAGAGGGAAAGACAGGUGAGGAGAUGGAGGACGGUUCAAAAGUUAGAGCGACUAGAGCGGCAGCUAAAGUAGACGGGUUAAUGUGGGAGGGGGUGAGCAGCUUGCGGAGUAGUUAUCGUCCAUUUAUCAUUAUUGAGGUGAAUUGCUCAGUAUAUCGUGAUAUUGAUUUGACACGUCUACUGUUGUGUUACGUCUUUAAAAGCUACGUCGUCUCAUUUUCCUCUGAUACAGGAUUUCAGAUGCUCAGCAGUUCAGGGUCUCUUGAUUUAUUGUUUGUUUCAUGUUGUCAGGACUGCAGGCAGGCAAGUUAAAGGGAUGUUCCGGCGUAAAAUUCAGUAAGGGUCAAACACAUCGUAAAGCCAAGCACGAGAGAUGAAUGUUGCCGACUGAUUGCUUCUCUAGUUAUGCCAACUUUGGAAAUGAUUGCACGACCAAAAAGCCAUUCUAUAGCCACAAAUUAAUUACUUACAAAUUACUUCAUCAACAGGACAUAUAGGGCCCCACCCUAGUACUAGCCAUCAAACAUCUUUUUAGCUUUGUCUGAUUUCUUUAGCAAAGAGACUAAACACAACUCACCCACUCUCCUCCAGCAGCCGCUUGUUUGUUGGGGGAGCCCUGACGAGUCACCGAGUGCGGCAAAGUUUUGCAGCUUAAGGAAGAAAAUUUAUGUCUAUUACUUCAUGGAAUGCAAUCAGACCGAGACGUUAAGGCAGAAGAACUACAGUGUCUGCAGUGCAAAAUGAUUAAUAUGAUGAUUAUUACUUCAUGGAUAUUAUCUGCUGCACUCGGUAAUUGACUCGUCAGGGCUCCCCCCACAAACAAGUGGCUGCCGGAGGAGAGUGGGAGAGUAUCCCUUUAAGCACCUGGACUCUUCGGCUACAGAGCCAUGCUGUUCCAGAAUGUGGUUUGGCAUUGUCUUGCUGAAAUGGGCUAGGCCUUUCCUGAAAAAGUCUGUUUCUGGAUGGCUGCAUAUGUUGCUCCAAUGGUACCUUUCCAGAUUCGUAAGCUACCCAUGUCAUGGAUCUGUCUCAGGUGCUGGCUUUUGAACCAAGCGGCCCUGAAGUGUCCAAGAUUUCCAAGACGACUGUCAAAUUUUGAUCUUCUUUGCAUGGCACAUCUGGAUUUGUAGAUGCAGUGAUGACAUGUAAUCACUGACAUUGGCGUUUGGAAUUGGUUUUGAGCCUGUGCAGUGUUCACACUGCAGAGUCAAGCCUGUUUGUGUUACAGUCUCUAAGCUUGAUUUCUCCACGAUCUCUGAAUCUUUUAUGUGCCGUUAGCGAUGAAAUCUCCAAGAUUCUUUACUUUAACUUUGCAGAUCAUUAUUCUUAUAUUGCUGAACCAUCAGCACAGGCAGAGUGAAGACCUCUCCCCCAUCUGUACUUCUUUACUCUGGACAACCCUUUUUCUUACCACUUGUAUAAUUAACUUGCAAUAGUUCGGAGACAUGUAUGGAUAUUGCUGCGACUGCAGCUUUAACGGCACACCAUGAUUUUUAUAUUUUAUUCUGAGAGAUCCAUAAAUCUGAGCUUGAUAUCUACAAACCAUAAGCCGAUAAAUGAAAUCUCAGAAUUGUUUUUUGUUCCUCUUUUUAACACAGUGAGGCGCUACAGUCGAGAGGAGUUAGAGGCCCCAAAGAAGCAGCCUCAAGACAAAUCAGCGCAGGUCAAAGGUGGUGUUGGUGGGGCCCGUCCAGAGCCGGUGUUGGUGUAUGUCGACCCAGUGACAUUAUCCACCACCUCUACAACCACAACAGGCCCCACAGACCCCACCAGCCUCAGUUCCAAGGCUGAACGCAUAGCCCGGUACAAAGCAGAGCGCCGCCGCCAACUGUCAGAGCGUUAUGGCAUCCAACUGGAUCAGGAGCUGGACAUCGAUUACAAACCGCGCUACCGUUCACGGCGUGAACCAGAGACGUCUGACCGGCAAUCAGCUGCCAGGCGAGAAAAAGACAAACAGGAACAAGUCGAGGAGCAAGGACAGGAGCCCAGAGUGCCAUACCGGUCUGGAGUGGGCAGGGUUUACAUGAGGACUCACCCAGAUCCUGCACCUGUUUCCACUUCUAGCCCCGCCCACACCACACAGGCCCCUCCCCCAACACAGGAAAGAUCAAGAGGAUUUUCAGACAGAGAAAGAGCACUAAACAUGGAGAACUACCGGCGUGGUGGGACACAGGAGCGCUCAGCUAGAUCCAGAACCCAGGAGUACCACACCGUCCCAAUGCAACAGCAACAGCAACAACAACAGCGACUCCCACACCAGGAUGCCACCCGCCAGGAUCCAAGCCCAGCCUCCACCAGGGAUUACAGUAUUGCGGCAGUGCCUAGCUCCCCUCGUACCGCCCGCCGGGCCUCCCUGCCCUCCACUCGCUAUGGCAUCUCACCCGGGGAUUUAUUCAUCGAGCAGCAGGCCCAGAGCAUCCUCAACAGACAGGGGUGAGUUACUAAAACUGUCUUAACACAGCCUUUAGUCAGAAUACACAAACGCCAGAAGUGUGACAGUACUGCAGUAAUUUGGGUUCAACGUCAAGUACAACCAAAGAAAGAGGUUUCAGACUGCAGAGUGUACACUAGCUCUUUGUUUGUGAAUGACUGUUCAUGCUUCAAAUUGGGCUUUUCACAAUAAAACUAAGGACAGUGGUUUUUGGAAAGGGAUAUUUAUUUAUAUUUAUAUAUGUGUAGGUAGGCUAUGGUCUCAUGUCCCUUUUAGACGCCAUCCUACGUCAGAGACGUGACUCCACCCCAUCCAUCCGGUUCAAACGUUGUAGCGGCUGGAGCGACGGCUGAAGUAGACGUAGUUAAUGUGGGAGGGGGUGAGCAGCUUGUGGAGUAGCUAUCGUCCAUUUAUCGUUAUCGAGGUGAACCGCUCAAUAUAUUGUGAUAUUGAUUUGAGGCUAUAUUGCCCAGCCCUAGGUCAUCAGACCAUAAACUUAGUACUAGUAUGUCCAAAUUAACUCAUGAAACUGCGAUGCCAGUUGUUAGUGGACUACCUAUUCAAAGCUUCAGAUCUGAUUUGUAUACGAAAAUAUAAGGGUUUGUAAGCCAGAGAGGUAUGAGUGGUAUGCAGACCCUAAAUCUUUAGCUCGAAUUAGCAUUAGCUUUGCAGUUUUCAAUAACAGAGACAGAUUUGGGUGCUCAUCAAACCCAGACUUCCAACAAAAAAUAGAGGCGUCUUUCAGUGAAACCGAUAUCGCGCCAUUUCCAUGUCUCUGCAGUUUUGAAGUCAGACUCCACAGUACGCCCACUAGUUAUAAUUUAACUAACUCACCCAGCCCGUCUUUGCAGUGAGACUUAAGUUGCCGCAAGUGUGCCCCCUGCUGGCCACAAAAAGAUUGCAGGUUUAAAAACACCUCAGUUUCUAUUUACUUUCCAGAUCCAUAGACCGUAUGUAAUUUUCAUGUUAAGUCUGUGCAUCAGACGUUAAAAAUAGACAUACUUAUACAUUACAUAACUAACCUCUUAUUUGGUUUUGGUUUGAAUCGAUGCCAAUCACAUGAGUGUAAGAGUAGCCCCCCCAUAAGUCCCAAAAUAACCCAGAUCAUUAUCACGAGAUACUAAACUCCUCUCCUGGUCGAUCUGUCUGGAACAAACUGGAAAAUGUCUUUUUAGACUAAUUUUUGUCAUAAACCUCUGUUUUCCUUCAUUUGAGGUCCUGCAAUUCCUGAAUUUCUGCCAGAGUUUUGUUUCAUGACGUUUUAGCGCAGUCAUGGUUUGCUGCUUAACUCGCUAGCCUGCAGCUUUAAGAGGCGUUCAAACCUGAGGAUCUUUCUAGACUCUAAGUCCAGCUCUUUCAUGCUUGCCCUGCUCCAGUUUCACAUGGAGAGGGGGUUCUGGGGAGCUCAUCAGGGAAAGGUUGCAGAAGCAGCAGGGUAGAUUGCAAGGUCAGUGGUUGGAGCUGAAAUCUUGUCCCUGUAACUCCAGUUAAACAGCAGCCUGGUGCAUGAAAAGAAGUUCAUGACAAUAAUUGACUUGAAUUUAUAAUCACAAAAAAUGAGAAUGAGGUACUUGGGUAGAUGACGAGUUAGAAAAUCAUUUAAAUCCUAUAUAUUUUUGAAGAAAUGAUAAAAAAAGAAAAAAUCACGUUGAAACUGAAUCUGUUUUUUACGACAAGCUUUGUCAAUUUUUUUUUUUUUUUUUAACGAAAGCCCAGUUUAGCACCUGAUAAAAACAUUGUCUGUAUGGGAGCAUACGUUCCUCCAAACCUGUUUUUGUUGCUCAGUAUUAAUGUGCAAAUUAUCUGUGCCAUUGGCCAUUACAGAUGCUGGAUUUUGGAGGUCAUUUUGAGUCCAUGCAGAGAUUUCCACCACAGAGUCAUGUCUGUAUCAGGCCCUCAGAGUGAUAGAAAGUAGUUGGUAUACUCUCUUUUUCAUUUAUUGAUAUCCUGUACAGUAGAUCAUAAAACUCUUCUACUACUUUACACUGACAAACAUUAAUCUAACUCUUAUUCUGUUUGAAGUAUCUCUUCACACACACGGGCGAACCACGGCCUAAAAUCAUGAUUUUUUUCCCACAAAGUUGAAACUUUUUGAUGAAUUUGAAACUUUUUUCCUUUAAUUUUCCUCUUUUAUUCUUGAUAUCUCUAUUUUUCAAGCUAAAAUGUGGCCCAAUAUUUUGUUAUACUUUGAAGAUCAGAAUAAGAGUCUGUACUUACUCUGAAACUUGACCUGAGAGGACCCUGCACUUAUAUAACAAAACAUAGUGAUACUUGACCUCAGUGAGGUCUCAUCUGUCAUGUAAGUUAGAUAAUGAUGAGUUAACACACAAGCAGUUAAAAGAAACUCAUCCAAGACUCUUUGGAUUCAGAUAGAUGCAGUGUGGACUCUUUAACAAUUAAAACUCCUUUAUUUCACGGCAAGCCCUCACCAGGGAGUCAGAAAGCAAAGGCGGUUUGAUCCCCAAACAAGUCCAGUAGCAGGGCUGUGGGUGGGUGGCCUGGGCUUGUGUUAGUGAACCAGAGCUGAUGGGCUGACAACAUUAGUCAGCUCCAUGCCCUGACCCGGUCAGUCUUAGACCCACCAGCUCAGCAGCUGAGACUUCACUCACAUCCCCCUCCUCGGUAAAAUUACAUCUGAGUUUUGAACCGUCAGUGGCUCUGACCAAGUUGCGUAAGACGAGCGUUUCCCCUUUUUUCUCUGAUGAUUCGGCACUGAAGAGGGACAGAUCUAGAGAGAUCUUUGACCUUUGACGCUGUGGUCCUGGAGGAUCUCACACUCUCAGGUCCUCGGGUAAUCCUGCACUUAUACCUUUGUGGUUCACCGUGGCCCACACAUGUGACAUAGCGUGUCUACUGACACCCUGUGAAUGGGUGAAUUCAUGAAUUUAUGUCCUGAUUGGUCAAACAGAUCUCUCCACAAAGUCUGAAUUACUAGCGCUCAUGAAACCAACUCCUCUUAGAUCCUUAAUUUGUGACAAAAAUACGAGUGAGGUGGUUUUUACACGUCUGAACAGAGUACACUCUGAUCCCCUUCUGCUGGAGUCGGUGCCAAACGUAUGCAAUAUGCACUGACUGUCAAUGCAACCCUAUCUGCUGCUUAUGGUAGCUGGUUCAGUGCUAAUAUACCACAUGCAUUGCAUGUCCAUGAUGCCAUGUCAGAUCGAGCAGAGACUUGUCAAUUAUGUCUGGCUUAGUGGUCUACAAUGAGAUUAGAGCGACCUUUGGCUUCCAGAGGUCAGAGGGUUGUAGAUGUAAAUAGUUCUGCUUCAGUUACGUUUUUGGCACGUAGACAUCAGAGAGAGAGAGAGAGAUAGAGAGAGUGACAGAGAGAGAGAGCAGGAGAGAGAGCUGUGUGAACCAAGACUCAUAUUUAAACCGAGGACAUGCUGCCACCUGACCUUGUUGCAAUCUCACUGCUGCUGGAUCCGGCAUUUUAAGACGACCCUGUGAUAUUUUCACAUCUCAGAUUUUUUUUUGCAGUAAACUGUUUCACAUUAUGGAUUUGAAAUAUAUACUGCUGCGAUUAUGACGACUAUUUUUUUAAUAUGCCAGGACAAAUACUUCUUAUUACGGCUUUACUAGUACCUUUAAAAAAGUAGCUUGAGGCGAAGCAUAGGUCCUGUAUAUUCCUGUGACACACUGCUGCUGUUCCAAAGAAGCACACAGUUCGUCAAAGUUUUCAGAGCUUUAUAACGGAAAAAUGAUUACAUGCGCACAUCCAAUGUCGUAUGUGUACACUUUGGGACGUGCAUCAUAGCAAAGAAAAGAACAUAAAGCUAGGUCAACAAAAACUACGACUGAGAGUGUGAGACGGCAGCGUCCUCGGCGAUGAUUUGAAGCACGUCCUUAAAAACAAAUGUGAUGCAAGGGGCAGUAUGCCAAUGUUGAGCAGAGGCAUAUUGAAAAAGGCAGAAAGAUGAUAGAAAAAGUUAUUUAAAUACCACAUGUGAUGCCCCCACCUUGAUAUCAGCACAUGCAGAAGAGUAACUACCUCAGUAACUACACUGUUUUUUACAUCAUACACACCUGGUAGUCAUAUUCAGCCUGAAUUGGUUGUGUCCAUAAUGUGAUUUUUCUACUUUUGUUUAUCUUUCCGAUGUUAAAAUGAUUUAUUUUUGUUUUCUGUUAUUCAGAGAAGCAGCCGCCUCAUGUUUUUGUUGUUUCUCUGUCAUAAAUGUAUGAAUACGUAAGAGGCAAUAAAAGUGUAAAUCAUCAAAAAACAAAAACACACAAAGCGUAAAGAGACACUCUGAACAGCUGGAUGUCAACAGAAAUGAAAGGCUACGGAGUAAAUAUGGAUGAGGUCUUGAGUGCAGGCAGGUUGCUGCUUUUCAGUCGUGUUUCAUAACAAAGUUUUACUGAUUGAUGAUUUAUUGAAAAUACUGACGCAACCUGACUUGUUUGUUAUGCUAUUAACAUCACGUCAUGAAAUGGAGAAGAGACGAAGAAGAAGUAGCAGACUGUUAGAGAGCUAGCUAAAGCAGCCCUUCGACAGACAUGCUGUGUUCCAGUUACCUCGGAACUCAGAUGUCCGAGCUGGAAAAUGACAUUUACCUGAGUUGACGGCAUUCCACUUAUUCCACUCAAACACUUCUUAAACAGACCAGCUCAAGUGAAAAUUCAGCGAAACACUGAUUAAAGUGUCUGGUAAAGCUGUAAGAAUCUGUCAGGUCUACUUUUCUUCUGUGGGAAUAAAAGUUCUUUCUCUUGUCUGGGUUAAAUGAAGAGUUCAAGGAGUGUUGCUUCACUUGAAUCUCAGUGACCCUUAUUCAUUCCUCUUCCCAAGAAUCCGUGUAAGGGAGCGAUUGUCAAAGGAUGAAACUGCCCCAAGGCCUCCUGACUGGAGUCCAGACAGGCACCAGGCUAACAGACAGCGUCCUCAAGGAAACACUGCUCAGUAUGCACCACAGCGCCCAGAGCCCAGCCAACAGAGGACUGUUCCCCAGCCUCAGCCAAGUCCAGGACACCAUCCGGCCCACGGUCAAACAGCCUCUGCGCCCUUCACUCCUGAGUACAAACAUCCUGGCCCUGCUGUUGACGCUCAGCCCUACAUGGCCGUCCCUGCUCCAGCAGCAUCAGCCAGAUUAUCAGGACCUCCUGAGGUACUACCGCGAAGAAGAGUGAGCGCUGACCAAGUCUACGCCGCCCACAAGGAGGCGAGAGUGGAGGCGAGGCAGGUCCUUAAAGAGGAGGCUCAUACAGAGGGUUUGCUCAAGAGCAGGAAAGCCGUGCUGCCCUCGGAGAUCCGCCGGAGAGAGAAGAGCGUGGAUGACACCCAAAGAGGCCACCAUGAAGACAUGGACUGGCAGAACUACAGCCCAGAGAGGAGGAGGAUGAGCCGAGGAGAGGAGGACUGGGAUCGGGAGAGGCCGAGGGAGAGAGGGCGGGAGAGGAACGUGGAGCGGAUCAGGAACAGAGGGAGAGAACAUCCCCCAAGCCACCACAGUCCUGAUGAGAGAGUGUUCAGAUCCUUGCAGCCUUCCCAGUCCUCUUCUGCACACCAGCAGCCAAGGCAGCAUCAACCAACAGAGCCUGUUUACCAUCAAGAGCCUCAAAUUCAGCAGCAGCAGGAGCCCCAAAGUCUACAGCAGUACGAGCCCAGGAAGAGACUACCUGAUGUUCAGAUUCAGCAGGAGCUUCAAACCCAACCGCAGUAUGAACCCAGGAAGAGACUACAUGAUGCUCAGAUUCAGCAAGAGCCUCAAACCCAACCACAGUACGAACCCAGAAAGAGACUACAUGAUGCUCAGAUUCAGCAGCAGCAGCAAGAACCCCAAACCCAACCACACUACGAGCCAAGGAAGAGACUACACGAUCCUCAGAUUCAGCAGCAAGAACCUCAAAAUCUGAAUCAGUACCAACAGUUGAGACAGCCAAGACAAGAGCAUCCAAUUCAGCCGCAAGACCCCCAGAGUGCACUCCAUGAGCUUCAGAGAGACUCCGACUUAGUCCCUCACAGGCAGCAGCAGCAGGAUCCAUCAGCGCACCGCAGAAUUGAUUCGGCCAUCUACCUCCAGAAAGGCUCGUCCCUGCCUCAGACCAGACAAAGAAGUGUGGAGACGAGCACGGGCCUCAAACCCAAGAUACGCAUCCGCUCCAUGUCGGAUAUAGGUCUGAGUCAGCAUUCUGCCAUGUACCGCAUGGACAGGGCAGCAGCCGGCAGAGAGGCAUCCAGGGCGGCGCCCCCAUCAGGGGCUGCUAACGGAGAGAUGGGCACCCUGGACACCAGAGUCUCUGUUGCUCAGCUGAGACACUCUUAUCUGGAGAACGCAAACCGGAAACCAGAGUUGUAGGUCCACUGGCAUGAGCUCUGUCUGUGUCUGUGUGGAACGACUAAAUAAGUGUUAGACUGAGCAUGUGCAGACCAGCAGCAUGUGCCGCUGUAACCUGACAGUCCGAUAAACACUCUCCUAACAUCAACACAUGAGGACUCGUCAGGACUGUGGGCUGUUGAUGUUAUUUUGAACGGGGAGGAUCAGUCAGCUGUUUUAAAAUAAAAUAAAAUAUAACUUUUUGUGAAGUUUAACUCUAGUUUAGGUUUCAAACAUGAAUGAAAACUCAAUCUUUUAGAAAAGCAGAACCACGCUGUCACAAAAAUCAGGUUUUGAGUCUGUUCUGAAGAAAAGCAGCCUGUGCAUGUUUGCAACAACUUUUAAGUGUCUAUGCAACUAACUGCCUGUCCGGUAUUUCCCUGUACGUUACUUUAACCUACAGAGAGCUUUGACUUGGAGUGUAAUUAGACUUCCUACAACUACGCAUUAAAUGAUUUCAUAUAUUGUAUUAUUGUCGUCAUUGUCGUUACAGUUUUGUUCUUUUAAUCUCCUGAGAUUAAGUUUGAAGAUGAUUUUUAUUUCCACUUUCUUAUUUAUUUACAUGCAAAGACACACAAUUACUCGAAUAACUAUAUCUAAAUCUAUAUUGUGAUCAUAGGUUUUAACAUGAACUUAACUAGCCUGUAACUAAUUCUCAAAAUAACACAGACUGCUAAUAAAACAUAUCAAGUCCUGUGAACCAUCACGUGCACUGAAAUGUUGCUUGACUCUCAUUUUGAGGCAUGAAAUGUUGCAUUGUGUAUUUUUAUCUAUCUGCUGUCGACAUGUUUUCCUCAGUGUGUGCAGUUUUGUUUUUUCCUUACGUGUAAACCUCUAAUCCGAAAGUUUUCUGCUGCAUGUUAAAAAUAAAAAAAGCGACUCACAGCUGGAUUGCAGUCAGUGUGUGCAGCCGUAACACGUUCUUCUGAUCUCAAAACCAUCUCUUAACUGUUUUCUAACUCCUACUCUCCAUUCUCCCUUUCUUCCUAAUCUGUUUACGCCUCAUAAAGUGAGCCUACGAAGGUGGAUCUCUCAGCCAUGGAGGUCGACCCAGCCGCCGGCAGCGAUCGGGACAAGAACGCUCGGAGGCCUCGACGCUACAUCACCCCAGGAGACAACCGCAUGUCGGAGAGGUUUAGGACUCAGCCGAUCACGUCUGCAGAGCGACUGGAGUCAGAUAGGUGAAGGAUGGAGUCUCUUCAGUCAUCUGGGUUUAACAGCGGUCUUUAGUUUUUAGGCUUAUAUCAAGAUCAUGAUUGAAUAUUAUGUAUUGAUGGUCUUUGCAGGUCCCGUUUAAGCCCAACACAGCUGCAGGACGUUGAAGGUAAGUUCACAACAUUGCUAUGAUGCAUUUGCAACUUUUUUUUUGCAGAAAUAAAAAGUUUAAGAUGAAGUUCAGAAGAGGAGAAAUGACGCCUUCAGACAAAUCUCUUUGUCUUUUUCUUAUUAGAUGAAGAAAAACUGGACGACAGAGCCAAGAUGAGUGUGGCGGCUAAGAGGUCUCUCUUCAGGGUAAAUGUUCGACUUUAUUGACAUUUAAAUCCUAAAAUGAGUUGAUAAUCUCAAAUGUUUUUAAUUAAUAUGAGUGUUUUUAAUAAUGACAACUAUUUACUUAUUUUAGAGAUCUUAUUUGUCUUUAUUUCAAACAUGCCAUGACUGGACUGGGACAGAAAGUCGGGCUGAAGCUGACCUUAAACAUUCAGUCGAAUAAACACCUAAUAGAUGAAAUAACACCUGAGCUUGUCUUUCAUCUGAACUCUGUCUCACCUCAUGUCCAGCUCCAAACACUCUCUGAUUGGCGAGGACGUUUAUGCCUCUGACUGUAACUUUCCAAAUUCUGAAUUUUGACAGCGAGUUUGUCAUUUUUACCGAGUUUACAUCGGUCCUAAUAUUGGCUUCAGAUGAUCAAUAUCUGUAUUAACACAACUAGACCAGUAUAGUCUGAAUUUCUGCUCAUGUAAAAUGUAUUUCUUUCUGGUGUCUUCCUGCAGGAGCUUGAGAGGACAUCAGAUGGAGGUGUUCCCAAACCGCGGUCUCGAAACGCUGCGGUAGAAAGGCGUCUGAGGAGAGUUCAGGACCGCUCACACACACAACCCGUCACCAACAAGGAAGUGGUUAACGCUGCGAGGUAGCUCAUGCAGCAUUUCUCCUAGAUCUUUGUUUUUCUGGAGCCUUCCUCUUCCUCAUCUCAAUCUUCAUCACACUUUUACUUUUAUAACAUUUUGUCACUUUUCCUCGUCUCUACCUCAUUUUCUUCACCUCAAAGUGAUCCUGACUCAUCCUCACAACCUUUGGGCAUCAACACUAACGCAACUCGUGUCCCAAGCCCCACUGGUGUCAGCACCGGUUUAAGGUACAGCUGGGCCGGGCUUUGCUUACCCGUGUUAAUGUGUUUGUCUGUGUCUGUGGGUGAUAUUCAAACAGUUAAAGUGGUUUAGAAGUCACCUGGUUUUAGCUUUUUCGCUUUCCCUACAGAUCUUGAAUAUUGUUUCUUGUGCACUUGUUCUCUCAGUGACCCUUGUAAUAAUCCUGAGCCUCAGAGAUAAUUCACUCUCUGUCUCCCUCUGCUGGCUGCUGCACUGAUCUGCUCAUCCAGCUCAUGUUACCUUGUUAUUUCUGCCCCCUCGUGUGCACCUUAUAGGGGAGAGGAGUCGCGGUGUUAACACAGUAAUUCAUCGACUACUUUCCACGUCCAGUUUCCCAGCAUUCCUGCCAGAACUGUGUGUCACAGGCAGGUCACAAAGUGUCAGGGAAGAAAUAGGUGUCAUAUCUCAUGUAAAGGUCAGAGGUCGAGCCGGUUAAAGCCCUCUGCAUGUCUGUGCUCACGUGCCCUGCAGUCUGUUUACCAACCCUGGUUUAGCUUAGCACACAGCCCGAUGAUCUCGAUUUCCCCUGCAAACAUCCAAGUGCAUUAUAUGAUUAUCUCUGUAGCUGCGCCUGUAAUCUGACAGAGUUGUCUCUAUUAUUAACCUGCGAGCAUGUGUGCACAACUCUUUAUAUGCUGUUUGAGGCUCCAUGUAUGGUAGGAGCUUUAUUUGAAGACCCUGAUGCUGUCGGAACCACAAUUAAACAAGUACAUAAAAUAAUAAUAAUGAUCAUAAUUAUAGAUUUUAUUUAGGCACUCAAGGACAAUCCCAUGUAAACAGAUAAACUCCAAGAAAAGAUGUCUAUAUUCUGGUCAAUACGGUAUUAAUACGGUAAAUGCUGAACAAAUAGUUUGGCGUUAGAUUAUUUUUAGACUCUCACUGAAGGUGGCGUACAUCUUUUUCUGUUAUAAGAGACUCCAUCAAAUUUAGAGUAAACAGUGAAAACCUAUAGUCUACUUUUUUUAAAAUCAAAGAAAGGCAUUGAUAAGGGAAAAUUAUACCGGAGUAUGAUUUAUUGUCAUGUUUGUCCAGGACACAAAUAAGUCCGAGUUCUUUUUAACUGACAUGCUGAUUUGAUGACUUACCUCUUGAUAUUACUUCCCAGCAUUCAGGCCUCCUCCCAACUGAGCCCAGGCGUCCAGGAUCAGGAGAAAGACACCCAAGAGCCGGAGAAACCAGCUCAGAUGUCCAGUGCCGUGGCGGAGGGUGACGGGCAGGAACCCAUUUCUGACGAGCCUGACCUCUCCACCCUCAGCUUGACCGAGAAGAUGGCUCUCUUCAACCGCCUCUCUCAGACGACAGGCAAGACCGCAGAGGGGGCUCGAGGAGACACCCGCCAGCGCAGAGCUCAGAACCGGUUUCAGACUCAACCCAUCACCCUGGAAGAGGUGGAGCAGGUAAAGAAGAUUUCAGACUGGGUGUGUUGUUAUACAGACAUCUUCAUUUAACAUGUUAUCACAAUUACAAAUCCCUGACCACGCUGCAGAUGUAUUAAAAUUAGUGCAUGUAGAAAUGAUCAGGAUGUUAGUUUUUUGACAUGAAAAAGGCCUGAAGCUACAGACGAGUCACUUCCAGGUCAGUUACACUGCAGCGAGGAUCUGCGGUGCACCAGUUUUCUUGGAGCGUGAGGGAUGAGCGGCAUUGUUCCCUUUGCAGCUGGAUGACUCUCAGAGUUUGCAAACAGAGCAGAGGUCACAGAGUCUGCUCUGCGUUUAGCUUUGUAACAUUCAUAGAUAAUAAAAUUAAAAUUUGGAUGUUUAGGAGCCGGAAAGGUUGUCCUUUUUCCCCCGUCAGAAAUUCAGUUUCUAUUAAAGAUACUUUCCACUAUAAAUUCAGACAUACAAGUGUCAGAUGUAUUGUUUUAGGUUAUCCUCUCAUCCAUGCUGUAUGUCCUAAACAGUGAGUCAUAGUUAUUGUAAACACUGCUGUCCACACAGGAAGCCGAGCUGCCGGUUACCUCUGAGGUGUGUAACGGCGACUUAGAGGCUGAUCAUGUAAGACUCCUACUGCCUGUGCAGAACCACCUGCUACAGACUGAUUGUGUAUUUCCUGCGAUCAGUGUCGUCUUGUCAUGGACGUAGCUGUGCUGAGCUUGAUAGUCUCCCUCAGUGCAGUUCAGUAUGUGUUGUUCUUGGAAAUCACUGAGUGGGAGAUAUACUGCUACCAAAGUCAGGCUGCCUUGUAUGUGUUUUUGUAGCUCCUUAUUUUUGGAUGUAGGCUGCUUCUGUUACAUGCUUGCUCGUUGCAUAACAAGCAUGGGAUCAUUCGAGUGCAAGCGUUGCAUGCUGGUUUCUUCAGGCUUUCUCCAGAACCUGAAUAAACUAGCAAAAACUGUAUGUAGGGGAAAUGUACGUGCGUUUGUAUAUCUUUGAUAGGGACUGUGAAUGAAUGAAAAAAAAUCAGGGUUCGAGAGCCUGAGAGACUGUAAAAGUCAAAUAUAAAGGAAAGCAUGUUUCCCCUUGCCUGUGCAUAUAUACUUAAGCCAUCCUACAGCCUAGCAACCCUGAGAAUGUGGAAGCAAAGAAAGUGUCUGCCUUGUUUCUGUAGCCCACCUACUGGGAAAACCCAGCUUGUACGAGGAGACUUGGAGAGAGUCCAGUGAUGAUGUCAGGGGUGAUUCACACGUUCAUAACCACGCCUCCAGCGAUUUCACCAGCUUCUACGCUAUCAGGGGGUUUGCUUCAGUGUUGUUGAGUCAAGUUAGUCACAAAAAGCAAGAAAUUAUGUAAAAUAUUCAGUUAUACUGUAACACUAUUGUUCAUGGUCUGGAUCAUAAGUACUGAUGCUGGUGUAGGUACCAGAUCGGCUCGGAGCCCAGCGCCUGUUGAGGACAUCACACUAUGGCAAGUCUAGUCAGACAAGCUACAUUACGCUCCAUAAUAAGUCAAUGUGCUCGGUUAAAAUCCCCUUGUGUUUUUUUUAUAUCUCUUUGUUUGUUCAGUUGACCUCAAAACCUAAUCUAGGGAAAACCGCUUCCAUAAUGUCUGGACCAACCACAAUCUUCUACAUCAUCCGAACCAACUUCCAGUCAAUCAUAUAGCGUGACGUCAUCAACAGGCACCCCAAGCCGAUCUGGCAGCUCAAACACAUCUGGUACCUACACCGGCUCUUCUGGAGGGCUCGCCAAAUUUGUUUUGGUGUUUUUCCGCCUCUGUAUCCAUCUGCUCCCACUCAGUCAACGUUCAAGCAGCCAGUCAGUGCCUCAUUAUCAUGGCAAUCCCUGCUUGGACCACUGCAUGGAACUGCAGAUUGUCUGAAUUUGCGCGUCUUUAAAAACAAACUAGGACGUAUUGUAAAAAGCUACUAUAUGGGACCAUUAGUUUAGUCGUUGUACUACCUCUAUGUUGUGUUUUCAGGCCUCAUUAUAGAUUAAAAAAAAUAAAAAAACAGUGUAUCCUGGACUGUUUUAUUUGCUGCCUGAAUCUGUGUGACUGUCUGAAGUAGGGCUGUUAUAUCAUGUAUGGGCACAGGGGAAUCAAGAAAUAGCAACAAAGAAAAGAAGACAGACCCACAUACUCGGUCAAAGCUUCAAACACGUAAAUAAUGUUGUAUUUUUAUGUUAAAGGACACAAACAAACAAAGAUACUGAGAAGGAGCCAUGCUGUUGCUAUGGUGUCUCUUAUUAAAUUUUGAUGAUGAUUACCCAACUUAAGAGAUUCCCUUCAACACAAAACUUACAACUCAAGUUAGGUAGGCUUCGAUCCUUGAUUGGGAAAUGAGUUGCCUCCAACCAGCCUGGGUCAAAGUCUGGUGGAUCUGAACUAAAAUGUGGAAAUAGAAAUAUCUUCAAAGUAAAUCAGUCACACAGAUUAAACCUUGGGAUCCUACCAACAACUGUGGGCGGAAAGUAACCACCACAGACUCAGUAAAAGUUCAUAACAUCAAGUUUGUGCUAAUGACCCUAACAUGAUUUCUGCUGUUUGUUCAGCUCAAAAACGGAGAUGAGAUCAAACUGGAGCCCCUGUCAGCCUCUCUAGUCCGCUCUGUGGCAGCCGUCACCUCCCAAGCCUCCGUCUCCACAGUAACCAUCCCGCCAGGAAGCAGCGGUGUUCCUGAUGAUGACAGUCUCCAUCCUGGGAAGUCCACUGCCACCCCUUACAUCCCUGCCCAACAACAGGCGUCCAACAUCCCGAGCCACCAGGAGAGGGCGUUGAGGUAUUUCUCUGUGAACCAGAGCGGGGACCCGGGCCACCCAGAGUCUGAGCUUAACUCCUCCCCUCUUCUCCUCGAUAGCCAGGAGAGAGUGGGGGCUCCUCUCGCUCCCACCUCCUCUCCAAGUCACAGGCAGCAAGGGGAGAAGGCGGAGGAGGGCUGGAGAGAGCGCCAGGAGGAGGAGGUUCGGGGGAGACAGCAGGGAGGAGCCAGAGAGGACAGUCAAGACGGUACUAUUAAGGGAAAGCUCCACUCCCCCGACAGGGACCGCGAAGGCAGGCAGCGGCAGCAGCAGCAUCCCCAGCUUCAGCACUGGAGGGGCGAGUCAGAGCCUUUGCCCAGCUGGAGAGCCGCAGACGGAGACUCCCAGGAGAAUAGGGACAGAGCAGAGGGCGGAGGAAGAGGAAGAGGAGGCUACCUGAGAGAGACAGCUCACAUCGCCCCCACACAGGAGCCGGAGAGGAGCGGUGGAGGCAGGAGCCAGUCUGGCAUCACAGGUAGGAGGCUUACUCAGAAAAAGCGACGGAGAGGACUGGGGGUUUAAAAAAGGGAGUGACAAAAUGAUAGAGGAAGCCAAGUCCAGUGAAGGACCUGGUCUCAUUAUCCUCAUUGUCUUAUGCAGCAUGCUCCCACGCAUGAACGCCUUCUGCUGGCUGCACACACACUUGUCCCAGCUGGGGGUAUUUGAUUUGGCUCAUACAGAGCGCCUGUGUGUGUGUGUGUGUGUGUGUGUGUGUGUGUGUGUGUGUGUGUGUGUGUCGGAGAGGCAGACGUCUGAGGCUGCAUCUCAUUAGCAUAUUUCUCCAUUCAUUUGCCUCAUGGCUCUCUUUGUUUAGGACCAGGAAGCCCUUCCCUGACGGGCGGUUUGUCACCUAACAGGCGUCAAAUGUUUUCAGUGUGCGCUUGCCACCAUCGCCCUUAAAAAAGGGGGCUGUGGUCUUCUUGCGCCACAUUACGCCUGUGGGGUUCAGCCCUGCUCAUGCUACAGAAUAAUGGACCUGACCUGUUUUUAUGUGCUAAUGCAGACUGUGUCCAAGGGUGGUCUUUUCCCAUGCAAACUGCACACAGAGACAUGAAAGCACUCAGUGACAGUGUGGGCGCAGAACAAUUGGCUGUCACUUAAAUGAAGCAGGUAGAGGACUGAAGGGACAAUGGGAGCCUUGUCUGCAGGCUGUACUCUUAUUUAGUCCUGCAUGGGUUAAUCUGCACAAAAGUAUGGCCCAUUAUAUCUUGGUAUCAUGAGGCUGGGAGGACUUGCAUUGACUUACACUAAUUCCCUCGGGGACUUAACCACUACAUGCCUCACACCAACCUAUUCCCUGACCUUAACAAAAGACACUCAUUAAAGCUAAGAUAGUGGAGACCAGUUCUUUGCCUCACACGGGGCCCCACAGUGAGGCCAAAUGAGCGGAUUUUUGUCCUUGCAGUUUUAUAAAAGGGGAGUCGCUCCAAAACAAACAAUUUCAACCGUAUAUUUAGCUGAAUGUUGAGGGUUCCUAAGAGAAUGUGAUUUUGCAGUUCCAGAAUUUUGAAGGUUUUGAAAGUUUGUUGUGCUGUAGUCCUAGAAUGUUUAUGGUUUUGAAAGACUGUCAAAUUACAGUUCUAGAAUGUUUAGAAAUUGGAAACAUUUCAUUAAAGUUGCAGUUUUAGAAUGUUGAGUGUGUCCAUCUAGAAUGUUGCGAGUUUUUGAUAGAAUGUCACGUUGUAGAACGUUGGCGUGGUUGUUGAAAACUGAAAUCCUUGUGCCCCCAGUGAGUACAGCACAAGUGGUGGAGUGCGUAUAACGCUACUGCGCAACGUUGGUUUCAGAAAAUGGAGAAAAAACACGGAAUUGCAGAGAACUUUUGGUCUUCAAAUCCGUAUACUGGCGGAAGGUGGAAACAAGUCGUCCAUAGUAUAUACAGUCUAUGCACCUUCCCCCUUUUACUGGUUUCAACCAUUAAAAUUUCAAUAUAGAAAUCAUUAAUCAUGUUGAAAAUGGUUUUGUUUGCUUGAGAAUAUCAUAAAUAUCCAAAGGGGUUCAGCACUUUGUAAGAGAAUGCAUGAGCAAAGAGUUUAACAAUAACAGAAUAAAAAGGCCUCAGUCAGCACUGCAUUGAAAAAAGGAAUGACUCUGUAGUGGAAGUCCCCACAUGGGCUCAUAAUAUUACAAGCCUGCCUCAAAUAAAGGCCAGGCACCAUGAGCAGUUGAAGUAAACAAAGGACUUUGAAUGUUGUGACUUGCUGUUGUCCGAAAUACCACGUUUGUACUCAUUACGCACUUUUCUUUCAGACCUGCCGGAUCAUCCCGCUCCACUGAGACCACUGGUGGCCAAAGUUUCAUCCAGAGCAGUGUCCCACGUCUCCAGCAGUCAGCAGCCAACACACCCCCAGCCUCCUCCAACUCUUCCUAAAACCUUCUUACAGCAGCCUCCUCCAACACCACCCAAACUGUCAUCUGACCUCCAACCUCAGCCACCGCCCACAUACCCCAAACCGUUCACCCAGUCCCCUCAAACUCAGCCCAAGCCUCAGGGAUUCGUCCAACCGCUGCCGAAGCCUUUCCCACACACAGCACCCCCAACUCCACCAAAACCCCAGGUGCCUCCACAGACCCCACCCAAACCGCAGUCCUUCCCUCAGUCACUGGUCAAGUCCCAGUCCAUGCCGCUGGAUCACAUCGAGGAUUUCAGCAGGCAUAGUGUCCAUUCUGGAGAUCUGCUGUCCCCCACAGAGUCUGGAGACCAGCUGUCUGACAGCAUGUCCAGCAAACAGAUGUCUAUCAAGGAGAGGUGAGUGACACCGGAGGUUUAGAAGUGUUUGAAUCCAAAACAAAACACCACCCGCGUUCACCGUUGCUAUUUUUAAGAAAACUAAAAUAUUCCAAGAUUGCAAAAAAAGUGCAAAAGUUCCCAAAACCCCAGCCAGUUCCGGUUCUCUGCAAGAAAAGCUUCUUACUUAAGGCUUGCAACGCACGAAAUUUGUUUAUCCUGCAGGGUGAUUAAUCUAAUGCUGUUGGUGUAAUAGUAUUUUUCCACCAUGUGCAUGUGGACCAGUGCUAGAUCUGCAGGGAAACGGGAUCAUUUGGCAAAAAAUCAAUGAUUUAUUUUGAUCUAGGCUCUGUGAAGGGAAGACGAUUUGUUUACAUAUAUUAAAAAACUAAUUCAUAGAGCAAUUUGAAGUGCUUUACACACUUCAAAAAGAAGGUUAUAGCAUAAAUUGUAAAAUAAAGUCUAUUCUUGGACUGCAUUUUGGUGAAUUCAACUGAAUCCCCAAUUUUUUUCACCCUCAAACUGGCACCGAUUCAUCUUAAUAUCAGCUGCACUGAAAGUUAUAGUGAGGAGCUCCAGUAGCUUGUAAGUCAAAAUAAUAAAGGCUGACCUCACAUGAAAAAUCGGAGGUCAGUCUGCUCCUGAAAUCCUGAUUCAGAGUGAAGCUGCAGGCGCAAGUCAGCUUUAAUCCCAUUCGCAGAUUCAGGACCUGAUCAGAGCUUGGCUUUUUCACAAGGUGACAACUAGGAUGUCAGCAAAGAUUAGUCUCUAGGAGUCCCUGUCUGUCUUAUGUUAUAGGAUAAUAUAGGUUGGUUGGUUCCAGAGGUUUAAUUUUAGUAUCUGAGUGUUUCUCCUCCCCGUCUGCAGAGAGCUCUGUAUGAAUCCUCGGAGGUUUGGUCGAUUCCUCAUAAUGCCCUCAUUUCUGCCCUGUCCACACUCCGGCAGCAGCAGGGAUGACAUACUUUCUCUUACCCCUCAGCCGUCGUGUAUAUAGCUAUUUUUUUUUUUUUUUUAUACAGUCAUGUUCGUUUGCUGUGGUGCAGAAAAAUCUGACCUGGUUUUUCACCCUUGAAGGAGUUUCAUACUACGCGCCUUCGACAGUCAGGACGGAGGAAUUAUGUUUUUAGGUCAUGUGUCUGUGCGUCCUGUUCGCCUGAUUGCAAUAUUUUCAAGUAAUGCGCAAAGGUAAACCGGGACUGGAGGGUAAACUUAAUAGAUUUUAGCGGUCAAAGCUCAGUGGUCAAGCUGAUUCAGGCUUUAAAAAUGGCUGUAUUUCAAGAAUUAAUAUAAAAAUUCCGUCCAGAAAUAACACGAAGCUUUACUGGACAAGUAUGUGUUCACACACAAGGAACUAGACUUCGCUCUCUAUUCAACAUAAAAUUUAAGGGUCACACUUGGUCUGUUAUCAUGAUCGAAAGUGAGUUCAUAUGAGUCUUACUGAGAUGUUUUUUGGGUUUGUUUCCAGAGUGGCACUGCUGAAGAAGAGCGGUGAGGAAGACUGGAGGAACAGGAUCAACAAGAAACAGGAAGUGGUGAAGGCGGCGUCCACGGAGGAGCAGCCUCAGCCGCAGGAGAACGAGCAGAGCGCACAGAAAAAAGUGAGUUAGCGGCACAGCCUGCUUUUAAAAUCUCCUUUUUCUCUGAAUGAUAACGCAAUGAAAAAUGAAGUUAGUUCAUGCUUUGGUGGAAAUGAGAAAAUAUUAAUGAGAAAGUAAUUAAUCAAGUGAGGAUUAGGGUCAUUGUAGACUUAACAAACAUCUUGACUUAUUAGUAAAAUUCGCAAAGUCACAUUCUGCUGGCAAUGGCAAAAAAGAGCUUUUGUUUCUACAGUAUUGUGUUUGCAGAAAUAUCAGUUUGACGCUAUUUCUUAAGGCUCUAUUUGUUUACAUUUCUGCAACACAGCUGAUUAUAUUUUAUAUUUUAAUAGUCCUGAAACUCGGCUUGACUGCCUUCUUUUUACCCUGUAUUUUGGACCAUAAAUGUUAAAACAACGCGACUACAUCAGCCGUACUGAAACACCAGAGCCCAUUUGGUUACCAUGACAGCUCCUGUCUCUGCUCUUUAAGCUAAGUGGCCCUUUCAUUUCCUCCUUUGGUCCAUCUGUUGUUUGAGCCCAGUGGUCCAGAUCAGAACAGCAUCCAGCCUCUAAAAUGCUGUAAACCAGGAAGCAUAUGGGACCGUCUGCUUGUAGAAUUAACAGUCUGGGGGGUCUGGGAAUAGAUUCCCUCUUUUUUAACUCGAUCAGAUUUGGCUCCAGUCUGAGUACUAUUUGAGAUUUAGAAAGGUUUAUCUAACAUACAGUAACAUUUGAAGGAUCUGUGAAAUGCAUUUAUUUGCAUCUGUGCCAGUUUAAAAAUCAUCUUUAAUUCAGCUGAGGAGCUCUACGAACCUCUAAUUUCCACAUUUUCACAUUACCCUGCCUCUCAUCUCCUUCACAUUAGUAUUCUCGGGGUGAAACCGCCUGCUUAAACCCUGGAUGGUAACCCUCCAGGCAGCCUCACCCCUAAAACCCAUUAAACCAACAAUGGUGUCCCCUCUCUCCCCUCCCUCUGACUGAGUACUUCCCUGUGUUUAACCCCUCAGGAGGAAGGGGUAGUCGCUCAGGACUACUCUACUGUGUCUGUGUCUGAGCAGCUAUGGGUAAGAUCUGUGGGCAUCUCUAAGCCAAUAAGCAUGUGUGUGGGACCUGUGUUGUCCAAUCAGAGCUCUGUGUGGAUUUUGAGUGAUUGCUGCUUUGAGUUUGUGGGUGUUUGGUCGCUCUACACUUGCUGUCUUUAAUCCUACUGAAAUGGUGGGAUACUCAACAUGUUGCUGAUUCAGAUAGGAGCUUUUAUGAUGAUCUGUUAGGAAGUUUUAUCUGUAAAUUUGUCAGGUUUGCUUUGCCUUUUAUAAAGAUAUCAGCUGGCACAGUUGUCAAAUAACAGAGAUUAUACUUCCUCUUAGUAUUAAGAAAAUUGAGGCCAACCUUGAGGGCCUGUGUCUACUAAGAGCAGUUUGUUUUUUUUCUGCUGGCAGUCCCCAUCUUUUACUUAAAUUGAUGAUGCAUGAGCAUUAGCACAAAAAAUGCCCUUUGGACUGGAGAACUAGAGUAAAAUUUUCAGGUCUAGAGAUUCUGCUAAUGAUGCGAAACGAUCACCGUUGUUUAUUUUCAGUGUUUCUUUGCGAACUGUCAUUGAAUAAAAGUAAAUAUGAAGGGCACAGAGCAAUUUAAAACAAACAUGAUAGUUAUUACCAAGGGAAGAGAAUAUUUAAGGAUGACUUUUGUAACCUAGCAACAGUAACCAACACCAGGAAGCAUUCUGACAUUUAGAUAGGGGGCGCAGUCAGCAUAAAAAAAUUGAUGUUGGUGGACAUAGGCCCUUACUCUGAAAGAAGAUUUCUAUAUGUGGCCAGAUAGAAGCAUACAGAGCAAUUUAAAACAAACCUGAUAGUUAUUACUAAGAGGAGAGAAUAUUUAAGGAUGACUUUUGUUACCUGACACCAUGAAGCAUUUUGGAAAUGAGAUAAGGGGUGGACAUAGGCCCUUAUAUCUGUAGCCAGGGCAAGCAGUAAACACAAUGUUUAUUUUUACUUUAACAGAAAAAAAUGCAUUUUUAUACAAGCGUUGACAUGUGGUUCUGCUUUUCUAGAUCUUUAUUUAGUUAUAAAUAUAUUUAAAACAGAGACAAAGUCUACAUAAAUGUACAUGAACAUGUGAUAGCACUUUAACUUAAUGAACAUGUAUCACUCUAGAGUCCACUUCAGCCCAGAGAAAUGAGAACGUCCCUCUGCUUUGUGCCAAAAAUUGUUAAUUUCCCACACUUCUUAGUAAACACAGCACUGAUAAGAAGCUGAGGAAGUCAUCCUUUACAUUAGCCAGAGAUCUCUAUGACUGUGUCGAUCCAUUUGCUAAGAUUCUGGGACUUUGGGUUUUACUGUUUCCCUGUGACUGCCUUUUACAGUAUUUUACACAGAUACUGGUCCUUUUUUAAAAAUAACUUUGUCGUUACUUUAAAAACUUAAUACAGGACUAUGACAACAUUCAGGACUCCAUGACCAAAAGUCUUUCACAAAUUUUGCAUUCACAUUAAGCAUGUGUUAUGUGUUUCAAAAGCAUGAGGAAGUCCAGUACUGUCAAAAAUCUGAACAGCGAUCAUGUUGCAUCCCCACUUCUUCUCUCCUUUGCAUCCCUUCCUGUGCUUCCCCUUUAUGUAUACUCGUCACUUUUCAUCCAUCUCCUCAUUUUGUUCUCUGUCUUUCACUUUUCCAUUAAACUCUUCAUCCUCAGGAGCCUGUCUUCUCUUCCACCUAUUCUCCACCUAUUCCCCUCGGCCAAAAGUGUCAGUAUAUAGAGCAUCAUAGUCAGGUAAGGAGAUGCACCUGGGUUGAGAGCGCUGUAGGUGCCAGAGAUGUGGGUUUUUUUUCAGCUUUGUUUGCAGCUUUUGUUGAUUUUGAUAUGUUCCUACUGCAUGAGUCUAUAUCCAAAGAUUAGAACGGACAUGCUGUUCGCAGGAGGUGCUUCAAAUGUGUUAUAUCUGCUCUGUUUGGUGCUGUUGUUUCUUUCUUAGAUGCUCCUCAGGGUUGUAAUGCAUCAAGUAAAGUUAUAGUGAAGUUUUAUGAGAGGUGAUGUAUCUCUAUUAUCCUGGAGCUCUAAGGUUCAUAAAUUAAACUCCAGCUGUCAGUCAGCCCGCCUAUGCAAGUUUAACUGCUUGGCAUGUAAGCCUCAGCUCUAACCUGGUAAUCUUUGAUUAUCUAAUAGUUUCUACGAUUUCCUCUUGUCUGUGCAGAAAACAGGAGAGGAAAACGAGGCCCAGAUGACCAUCGAGGAGAGAAAACAGAUGAUUUCCGUUCGUGAGGAUGCCUGGAAGACAAAGGGCCAUGGAGCGGCCAACGACUCCACACAGUACACCGUGGCGGGACGUAUGGUCAAGAAAGGUCAGUUCAAGAACCUGUCUUUAUCCAGCUGUCUUCACUCAGUCAUGCAAUACUUAAAAAUACCAUUAGCCGUUUCAAGAAACUGACUCUAACCUCAGAACACAAACACACUUACGACGUGUUUGUUUGAGUUUCAGUAUUGUCGAUUCAGUCAAAAACUGCUAUUUGGAUGCAGUGAGUUUUAUUAGGCUGUAUGGCUCUAAUCUGACAAAGAGUAGGAAGAACAAAGGAAGGGAGAGCAGCAGCAAAGACUUCUUAAGCACAACAGACAUCAAGGAUUGUACAAAAGACGAUGGUGAAAUCAGACACGGUAUAAGAGGAGGAGCUGGGGUUAGGGGUUUGUUUCAAAGCAGUUUGCAGAGGUAUCGUAAAAUGCCAAGGCAGGUAGAGUAGAAGCAAAGACUCCUCAGGUAAAGAACAUAGCAGGCAUCAGGGAUAGUACAAAAUACAAUGGUGAACUUAGACACAGUAUAAGAGGAGGAGCUGGGGUAGGGGUUUGUUUCAAAGCAGUUUGCAGAGGAACCAUGAAAACAAAGGCAGGUAGGGCAGCAGCAAAGACUACUCAAGUACAGAACAGAGCAGGCAUUAUAACAACCAAAGGAUCCAAGACAAAAUAGGACCCAGAUUAAAAAAUAAGGAGCUGAGGUGGGGAAGGUUGCAAAGCAGUCUUUAAGAGGAAUUAUAAAAAACAAAGGCAGGCGGAGCAGCAGCAAAGACUCCUAAGAGGAAGAACAGAGCAUGCAUCAGCGAUGAUGCAAAAAAGCCAGAGGUAAAAUCAGACUUCACGUUAAAAAGGAGGAGCUGUGGAGGGUUGCAAAGCAGUUUGAAAAAUCUUCAGCAAACUUUUCCUUCAUUUCUUUCCAAACAGCUUAUCGGUGCCAAUGUUCACCAUGUACUGAGCUUUCUGUAGAUUGAUGCUGCCAUCUAGUGUUACAAGAGCCUGGUGUUACCCAAUUUUAUAUCUCUGGAAUAACUUGUUAAAGAUCUAAAAUAAUCUGAUACCAAGCCUGGUUGUGUCUUUUUUUUAAUGACUUUCCAAAAACAUUUCAGGUUGUGUAAAACUCUAAUGCUUGAUGGUGUUUUUAUACUAAUGUCAACAUGGAUUGUUGGUGUAAAUAAUAAUGGUGAUGAUGAAAAUGUAGCAGCUUGUUCAAAGGUUAUUUCUUCUUAUUUCAUCGCACUGUUCGACAUUUUGUUCUAUCUGGUGUGAAUCCUGUCUGUGUGUGUGUCUGUGUGUGUCUGCAGGCCUGGCAGCCUCUUCAGUUAUCAGUCCCAUCCUGUCACCAGUCUCCACCAAACUCAAGAGCAACACGCCUGCUGUCAACAAACCACAAGAGGGUGAGAGAGAUUUAUAGUCCUCUGUCAUCACUGCCUCCUGCAGGAAAACAACUAUUAAAACCCACAAGAUAAAACCCUGAAUGUUGAAAAAAAAUGUCAUAUAUUCACUGAUAUCAAUUUAUUCCUUCGUAGAAAUUGAGGCCAAACCAAAUAUGGAGUCAGACAAGAAACUGGACAAGCUGGAGAGCUUCUUAGGACGUCUCAACAGCAAAGGUAUAACACGCAUCAAACUGUCUUAAUCAUGUGUGCGGUGUCCAUUAGUACCUUUAUUUUUCCAGUAUUUGUUGUUUUGAGUCAUUUUCUUUAAGGUUUUUACAGCUUUUCUGUCAUUUUCUUUGUCUUGAUCAGUCGCCGGUCUGCAGGAAACCACUUUAACAGUGACAGAAAAGGCCGUGAAGGAAGUGAUGAAACUGGAUGAUGAAAUCUUCUCCAAGUUCUAUCGUCAUGUUGCCGAGUUCCCUCGCAUGCCCACCAGGAUCGAGAUCAGUGAGGACUUUGACUCUAUCUUCGGUUCUCAGGCUCCCAAGUAAGGAAAUCCUCAAGCUUUGACUGACAGCUUCUUAACUCUCAAUCUCUGCAUCCUCACACACUGGGUGUUUGUUUUUUUUUAAUCCUUACCAGGUUGGCGUCUGCCAUGGUGCAGCACAAGAGGAUGGUGCGUCCUUCUAGGAACGUCCAGUCGUCCAGAAACCCUCUGAAGAUGCUGGCAGCCAGAGAGGACAUCAGACACGAGUACACGGAGCAGAGACUGAAUGUGGCCCAGCUGGAGAGCAAGAGGAUGAAGGCUGAGAAGUGUGAGUGUGAAGCUGACAGCUUUGUGUGUUUGUAGUCAACACUCCCAGGGGCAAACUUAGAAAUGUUAUCAUUAUUUACAGCUUACAGAUCUACAUGAAUCUCCAUUACUGUGUAUGUUAUUGUGUAAACAGCUUUAAUUAGACGGAGGCCUCUUUUGACCCAUUUUUGUAGCAGUGUUUACAUCAGGGACUUAGUUGUGUUAAAUUUUAAUGAGGCAGUUUUUCUCCACCGCCUGUAAAGCUAUAAUUUUACCAACUCUCCUCUCCAGUGAAUAAGACCUCCGAAUACUCUGAGGCCGCUCUGGCAGGUCUGGCCAGCAAAGAAAACUUCAGCAGCGUGAGUCUGCGCAGCGUCAACGCCUCUGAGCAGAUGUCCAACAACAGCGCCGUGCCGUUCAAGAACCUCAUGCUGAUGCAGAUUAAAGGUAAGAGUCAGGAGAGAAGAUUUUGACGUGGAUUUGCAACCGUCCUCCACUCGCUUUCUUCUGUCUUUGCUGCUGCUCUCCCUCACAUCAAAUCAGAGCCCGAAAACCAGAUACCCAGAACUUUUUGCAUGUAAGUAGUUAACUCUUCCACUGCAGUGGUGCUUUUACCAGAUUUGAAGCAGUUGCAAGACAUUUCGGGAAAUUACCACUUCCAUCAGCGCGAUAUGAGGUUGUGGUUACACUUAGGGUGCAUUUUGACCACAGGAACUAGGGUCUAAGUUAAAUUCUGGGGUAAAAGAUCUACCCCUUUAAGAGCCCCUGCUCAGGGGGUUGGACUUUAUCAUGGCCCAGGAACUUUUGGAGGCAGGGCUGACCAUUUCGUUCAUCUUGGUUAAUAAUACAGUCAGUUCUUGUCUCAAACUCUUCUUUAUGUUUCAUGUCUGCUUUAAUGUUUUUUUGUUUGUUUUUUACACAAACUUCAAAACUAAUCUUUCCAGUUCUUUAAAUCAAAUUACAUCAACUUGAAUAAACUAAAAUUUGUUGUAUAAAGUUUAAAACUUUGAAGUUUAACAAAAUAAAUUAUUCUCCAGGUCGUCGUCAUAUUCAGACCAGAUUAGUCGAACCCAGAGCGUCCUCUCUGAACAGUGGAGACUGCUUCCUGUUGGUCACUCCUGAGCACUGCAUGGUCUGGAUAGGAGAGUUUUCUAACGUCAUCGAGAAGGCCAAGGUGAGCUUUCCGCCUGAACCAUGAUGAGAUUUGCACUAUAAAGACGACACAAACAUAACACUAACAUCUGCACUCCUCAUCUUCUGCAGCUCUGAUAUUUCCCCAAAGGACAUCUGUCUAGACUUUUUCUGAUAUUCAUCUUUCUGCGCUCUCUCCUCUGUCAGAGCUGUUUACUCGUUUUUUUCCCAAGGGUUUUAUUCAAUCUAAGUCUCUUCACACUCCCCUUUCUCUGUUCAGUUUCUCUUUGGUUCUGAUCCAAAGAAAUUUAAAGUAAACAAAGAGAUGAAAUCUAUGAAAAUGUGACUCUUACAUGUCCAUUUUUUAAAAGUCUAACUGCUUCUGUUUACUUUGCAUCUGCAGGCAGUAGAUUUGGCCACUUUUAUCCAGACCAAGAAGGACAUGGGCUGCAAGGCGCCACAGCUGAUCACAAUCGAGGAAGGGGUGAACCCACAGGGCCCAGAGGCCCAGCAGUUCUGGACAAUCCUUGGAGGACAGGCUGCCUACCAACGUGAGUCAUGAGUUUCUGUUUUUUUUAAGAUUUCUGCUCUUAAAUUUAGUGAAUUUUUGAAGUGAUUCUUCAUAAGACUCCCUCCACCUGUCUUUGUUGAUACACUAACAUCAUUCCUCUGUGUUAUUGUGCUACAGCGGCAGGUCCACCGGAGGAGGACGAGCAGUUUGAGAACGCCAUUGUGGAGACAAACUGUAUCUUCAGGCUGCUGGAUGACAAACUAGUUCCUGACGAUGACGAGUGGGGGAAGAUCCCUCGCUGCUCCCUGCUGGCAUCCAAAGAGGUAUAAAUGGCAGGGUUGAAAAAAAUUGCAAUGUUAGUUUUUCCCAAUAUCGUGCAGCCCGAUUCUGAACUCUUUUUCUGUAUGUGUGUGUGUGUGUCUCUACAGUGGAUGAGUCAACCUGUCUCUUUGUUUUCAUGUCGAAUACACCCAGUGCUUAAUUUGUAAAUCAUAAAGUACAUAUAUGAGAGCUCAGGGAUGAUGAGACAGGCACAGGUCCCAGAACAUACACAGAAAAUGUGCUGAAAACAACGACAUGCCCACUUUCCACACUGUGGGACUUACAAGUCUCAAUUUCAAAUAAUAUCCAUGGUAUAAAUGUUAUGAUGAUAAUUUACAAAUAUUUUUAGGUUAUAUUCCACAAAGAACAGACAAAUGCCCACAUCACUUCAGGUGGGACUUACAGUAAACAGUCAGCAAUUAAUGUCUCAACAGGUCUGACAUUAAAAAGAAGAGCUUUUAAUAAACCACACAAAUCCUCCUUUAUCAUUAUUAUUUAAAGAUUGGCACGGCGGCCUGUUAAUAGACAAUAUGCUCACCAUAUUUAGUCCAAAACACCCAACAUCACGAUCAUGUCCGGAUUCUCCUCCUCCUCUUUUUUUCGGGCUUUACUGCGUGUGCCUGCGGCAGUUCCGUGUCCUUUCACCACUCACGUCCCACGGUCCUAAAUCCAGCUGAUGUCGCGGUUCCAGCCUCUUGCUCCGGCUGUUGUACCGGGCUAGCAGAUGUCGCGGUACCCGCCUGUUACUCCGGCCGUUGGCGGUCCACCUGGCUGACGGUUAGCGCUGUAGCUGCCUCCUGCUCCGGCCGGCGGGGAACCUGACCUGCUUCUGCCGCGGUGCCAGCCUCCUGUCCCGGCUUGUCUAGCUGUUGAGGCGCUAGCUAGCUAGCCUCCUGCUUCAGCCGGUUUUGACCGUUAACAUGACCGUUGCAGCUGCCCUCAUCGACGCUUGAGGAGGCUUUUCUGACUCGUUUUGAAGUGUCAUUCAACUCUUACUUCUUUUUUGAAAAAAAGUCAGUAAAUUUCACUGACUUUUCGACAUGUUUGCGCUGAAAUGGUAACCGUUAUUUUCUCUCUGCUUGCCCCUCACGUGCAGUGAAUUUCAAAUAUUUUUUUCCUAUUAGGGGGGCGUGGUUUGUUAGCCCGGCUUUUUAUGGUGCGUUCGCAUUACCUUGGAAGUUAGAUAUCCGACGGAGGCAGAAACAAGAUGGCGACAUCAAUGGAAGUUUUUUUUUAGUAAAACCUUGUCCGAAUAAAAGGCAGGAGCUAAAAAAACUUUAGAAGAUGUAGCCCUUCUUGUUUCAGGCCUUUGAUUUUACUUUUUUCCGACUUGCUAACUGAAACGCCGGGAACUCGGGUGUGAUGCAAUUUUCACCUCCGACAUCUGACUUCCGAGGUAACUCGACCACAGCAUUAGUGUGUCAACAGAUCGCCGACUCUUUCAAAUUACGUUAAAUCUUAAUAAACAACCUGAAAUUAUUGGAAUUUGUUCUGUAAAUUAAUAUAUGCAUAUUGUUAUUUUAUUUUAGUUUUUUUAUGUACAAUUUUUUUUCUUUUUUUUGUAUGAGUGGUUCCGGAUUGCGAUAGUUUUUGUAGGAUGGUAGGGGAAGGUUCCGCCUCCUUUGCCUCUGAUUGGCUGUGAAACGCUGAGCGCGGGCUGUCAGCUCUGUACAUCGAACAGAACAUUAUCGCAAUUCUGAAUCUCCUAAUCCUAACCCUGAACCUAACCCUAAACCUAAGCCUAACCCGACAGAUGAUGACGUUUCACAGCCAUAAGGAAUAACCAAUCAGAGCCUAGCACUUACAGCCAAUCAGAGGCGAAGGAGGGCGGGACCUUGCCCUACUAUCCUACAGAAAAAUCCUGCUACUGGAUCUAGCCAAAUAAGUACUGGAACAUAGGGCGGCCACAAUUAAGAGGUGCCGCAUCUUGUUCCGGGAGGAUCCGGCUCAAGUUAAACCCUGAAUACACCAAAAAAAAUAGAAAGAAAGGAGGAAGUGUUGUUGUUAUAUGAAUAAUUGAAUAUAACCUUCAUGAUAUUGUGGUUUUAUACCUAAAAUAAGAUAACUAUUGUGUACAGCUGCCACUGCGUUCAGACCUGACUGCUGAGUAAAAGUACUAAUCCUAAUCAUGUGUUAAUAAACCUUCAGAGUAUCUUCCAAGGAGCCCAGCUCUGCAUAUUGAUAUUUGCUGUACUCCAGUUUACACAAAGCUCUGUGCUUCAAGCUGCUUUUAAUUUGUCGCUUAGCAACAGCAGGUGCCACGGCAAAAACCUCCUACAUCCAUCUGCACAGAGCUGCUGCUGCUGACAAAAUUAAAUGAGUUCAGGACACCAAAGCUCAAAAAGAGGUGUGGGUUUAGAGCUGAUUUUACACAUUUUCUCUCUGUAUUUCAGGUUUAAAUGAUACCUGUCAGGUAAAAGAGGCAUUUAUCGCCAAUAAAACAGCUGGGUGUUAUUGAUUAUAGACAGAUAAUCAAUGUACACUUGUGCUCUGUGCUGCAGGUGCUGGUGUUCGACUUCGGCAGCGAGGUGUACGUGUGGCACGGUAAAGAGGUGACCCUGGCUCAGAGGAAAGUCGCCUUCCAGCUCGCCAAACACCUCUGGAACGGGCUGUUUGACUACACCUGCUGUGACGUCAACCCGCUGGACCCUGGAGGCUGCAACACGCUCAUACCCAGGUGGGGAAAAUAAAGACCCACUUUGUCUCAGUUUUGGUGCCAGUGUGCAGAUGGUACAGGCUAUUACAGUGCAGUAUAAGUCUAAACAAGGAUGAACCCUUACCUAACAGGCCUCAAGCAUACCAAGACCAAAAUGUCAGACAGCCAAGAUGCCAAAAAAAGGGAGAGGUCCCGAACUUUAUGGUGUCAAACUGAAACUGCUCACCAUCUUGGUUCCUUUCCCUUUAACUGUUUCUUUCCUUUUCAACAGCCCACUGCUGCUGCUGCUGCUGCUGCUGUGUAUUUUUAGCCACAGUGCAUGUUUUGUAUCUAAGAUACUGACAGCACUGAUAUUUGAGAUUUCACGUGCAUGUUCAGGUACUUUUAAGAUCCAUCUUCAUUUUUAACCUCUUUUUCUCUGUGUUUGUGUUUACUACCAGGAAGGGCCAGGGCCGUCCUGAUUGGGCGAUCUUCGGCAGGCUGACAGAGCACAACGAGACCAUCUUAUUCAAAGAGAAGUUCAUGGACUGGACUGAAGCGAAGCUGCCCUCGCCAAAGGAAGUCUGCGAGAUCAUACCUGAGCAGAAGGUGCGGAUUUAAAGCUCGUUUUAAAAGUUUAACUCGUCAGAGAGUCGUCAUAUGUUUCCUCCGUCUGUUUGUUUAUGCUCAGUCCCAGUUCAUGCUGCCAGUAACAGUUGGUUACACACUGGGACUUGAACAAGAAAAGGAGAGCAUAUGUUCGUGUGUAGAAGCUGGAUGAAGCCAAAGGAGCCGACUCAAUCUAUGAUCUUUGCCCAUUUUCUCCCCUCAGGAGGCCCCUGGGAGAGAAUGCCGGCCUUACGACGCCACCCUGAUGCUGCCCGUCCUCCAGUCGACCAUCUCCACCAUCCUGGACGGCACGAAUGUCGGUCGUGGCUACGGCCCCGUGGAAACCGAAGAUCACAUGAGGCUUCAGGAGAUCAGCACGGUCUCAGUGGACGUCUGGCACAUCCUGGAGUUCGUACAGCCGCCUGCCACGCCAGAGCAUCGGACAGUUCCAUGAAGGAGACGCCUACGUGGUCAAGUGGAAGUACAUGGUCAGCACCUCAGGUCAGUUACUCUGAGAGGACUAACAUUAUGUGUAUUGUUUGGAUUUUGUGUGUUCUGGCGCCCUCUAUGGAUAAUGAAGUCUCUACCUGCUUUAAUCUAGAUUUAAAUUUAGAAAAACUUCACGCUGUAAUAUAACGGCGGUGAGGCAUGUCACUAGUUGAGGUAUUAGAGCGUUUUAAGGUGCAACUUUUGACAGUCCGUGUCGUCUGUGUCUCAGUUGGUCGUAGGCUCAACCCCGAGGCGAGGAGCACCGGGCCGGGGAAGGAGAAGUGCUGCUACUUCUUCUGGCAGGGGCGACACUCCACCGUCAGCGAGAAAGGGACGUCAGCGCUGAUGACGGUGGAGCUGGACGAGGAAAGAGGAGCUCAAGUAAGACAGAGGAGCUUAAUACUAAAGAUGGAAUAAACAGCGUAUAAAAGGUGGUGAUUGGUGGGUUUCUUGUGUGAAAAUGACAGAAAAGGUGUUAAGAUCUGAAGAUGGAGAAAAACAGACAAUUCUGGAUUUAAAUGAUGAAACUUGGCUGAUGUUUGAGGAUCGAGUUGGUAUAACUAGAGAAGCAAGCAGUCGGCAACAUUCAUCUCUUGAUGGGGGUGUCUAACUCGGUGUUACAGUGUGUUUGACCCAAAAUUGAUUUUACACCGGAAUAUCCCUUUUAGUAAACACCUUUCUGUGUUUUUGUGUCACAAUAGGUUCAGGUGCAGCAGGGAAAAGAGCCUCCAUGUUUCCUGCAAUGUUUUAACGGAGGGAUGAUCCUCCACGCGGGCAAGAGGGAGGAGGAGGAGGAGAACACUCAGAGUAAACAAAAAGAUCUUGUUUUGAUUCUGAUUUUAAAGAAAUGAUGUCUCUCAUGUUUGAUCCAUCAUUGAAUCCCCUCUGUCUCUUUCUCACUCCUCUCCAGGUGAGUGGCGUCAGUACAUUGUAAGAGGCGAGGUGCCGGUGGAGGGCCACCUACUGGAGGUUGCUUGUCACUGCAGCAGCCUGCGCUCCCGAGCCUCCAUGAUCCUGCUCAACAUCAACAAGGCCGUCAUGUACCUGUGGCACGGCUGCAAGACGCAGCUGAACACACGCAGCGUGGGAAACACGGCGGCGCUCAAAAUCAAAGAGCAGUGAGUGCUGAUGAUGAAGAAACUGGAGGAGAAGGACUCUCCAGAUCAGGGUUUUUGACUUCAUACUCGGUUUCUGUUCAUUUCUUGCAGAUGUCCUCUGGAGGCGGGUCUCCACAGCAGCAGUAAGGUGACCAUCCAUGAGUGUGAUGAAGGAAUGGAGCCUCCAGGUUUCUGGGAGGCUCUAGGGAGGAAAGACAGGAAGGCCUACGACUGUAUGCUGCAAGGUACAGACUGUUUACGCUCUGUCGUGUUGUCAUGUGAAUAUCGGUCAAACUUGAAGUAUUGAUUUCCCUCUCACCCUGAUUGUCUUCUUCAGAUCCAGGCAAGUUCAACUUCACCCCGCGGCUCUUCCAGCUGAGCAGCACAUCAGGAGACUUUGUCGCCAACGAGUUCUUCCACCCGUCCAGAGCUCCUGACGUGGUCAGCUCGCUACCCUUCCUGCAGGAGGAUCUGUACAACGCCGCACAACCUGGUGAGACCCGGACACGACAAUACGACUUCUUUUAAAGGGAUAUUCCGGCGUAAAAUUAAUUUGGGGUCAAACUUCAGGUAGUUCUUCUGCCUUAGCGUCUCGGUCUGAUUGCAUUUCCAUGAAGAAAUGAUCAUAAAUGUUCUUCCUUGAGCUGCGUCACCCCGCUGUAGUCGAUGGACUCGCCCGAGGUCUCCGUACAAACAAGUGGCUGCUGGAAGAGUGUAAGUAAGUUGUGUUUAGUAUCUUUGCUAAAGAAAUUAGGCAAAGUUAAAAAGAUGUUUGGUGGCUGGUACGGACUGGGACCCUAUAUGUCCUGUUGAUGAAGUUAGGUGCUGUUCUGAGCAUUAUUUGUGGCUAUAGAGUGGCGUUUUGCUAUCCUGCGGUCGUUACUAAAGUCGGUAUAACUAGAGAAGCAAGCGGUCGGCAACAUUCAUCUCUCUUGGGGGUGUUUAACUCGGUGUUACGGUGUAUUUGACCCUAAAUUAAUGUUAUGCCGAAAUAUCCCUUCAAGACGGGCUCUGCAGCAUUACAGCUCACCCACAUAUCCAACAAUAACAGUCAGUGUUGUGGUCGUCUCUCUCUCUCUCUCUCUCCCUGUCAGCGUUGUUCCUGGUGGAUAACUUCCAUGAGGUGUACCUGUGGCAGGGCUGGUGGCCUCAGGACAGCGAGAGCACCGGCUCGGCUCGAAUGCGCUGGGAUGCAGACAGGAAGUGUGCGAUGGAGACGGUGCUGCAGUACUGCAAAGGUUAGAAGAUGAAAACUGUAGACGUAUUUCAGAUCAGGAGGUAGUCUCUCAAAUAUGUUGUUGAUACAACUUUGUGCAACAAAACCAAAGCUAGUUUUAAAAAAAUACUUAAAUUCCUCAUUUUUUGACUGUGAUCUGGUGAAAAGGUUUAGACACUCAGAACAUAAACAGGAUCGAGCUGCUGCGUUCUGGUCCAGUCCAGAGAUCCUGAUACAUCCUCCUCAGAUUCACGUUUUUCUUUCCUUGAGGUCCAAAUGAUUUUUCCUCCUGCAGAAAAGAACGAGAAGAAGCCUCUGAAGUCGUAUCUGAUCCACGCUGGACUGGAGCCGCUCACCUUCACCAACAUGUUCCCCAGCUGGGAGCACAGAGAGGACGUGGCUGAGAUCACUGAGAGGGUCAGAAACACGCACAUUGAAUUUCUCCCGUAGACGCCCACAGCUUCUUCCUCCCUCUCCUCUAAUUUCUUGCAUAUAUUCUCGUUCACACGCGUGUAAAGGAAGUGUGAAACUCCUGCUGUCUCUGUGAAGCUCCUGAUGCAGUACACUCUGUUCUCCCUGCAGGAGGCGGAGGUGUGUAACCAGAUCAUCCUGGUGGAGGAUGUGCUGGCUCGGCUCUGUCAGAACACCUUCCCUCUGGAUCAGCUGCAGGCCCGGCCGCUCCCAGAAGGAGUGGACCCGCUGCGCCUGGAGAUCUACCUGUCAGACCAGGACUUUGAGGUCAGGGAGAGUACAGACAUGAAAGCUGCAUGAGAGUCUUGUUUGGUUUUAGAAGAACUUGGGGAAGCAGGUUUCCCUCCAAGAAAAACCAAAAAAAAUAUGUGUUUGUGAAACUUUUUCAUGUCCUCCAUCCUAACUCCAUCCAACUCUCACUUCACAGACGAAGUUGUAGGUGGACUCAGGUAAGAAGAGCUACUCAUGGUUCCCAUCAGCAUUCAGAGCCUGCCCUCCUCUCCGGCACGUCAACACUCUGAUUCCCUCUCUGUGGAUCUAAAAACUCUCCUUCCUCCUGCCUCCUCCUCCUCCUCCUCCUCACUGUGCUGCUGGUUGAUGGAGAAGGUUUUCUUGCUCGGCUGCACAAUCAUGUCAGAAAAGCUCGUCCUGAUCACUCUGUUUGGACUUUAAAGUCAAGUCCAGUGAAUCAGCUGCAGUCAGAGAAGCGUUUUCACACAGCUGAUGACAGAUCUGACAGGACACAUUUAGACCAGGAUCCUUUACCUGCUGGGAAAAAAGACUGAGACGGAAACUAUAGUUACUAAAAAUAGAGAAGUAUUCAUCAUAAAAGCAUUAUUAGGGAAAUCUAUAAGGAAAAACAGCCGACUUUAGAUCAAAAAUUUUGCCAGUGUGUUAUUUCUGACAGUAAUCGGUGAAAAAAGGUGUCGAAGCCUGAGCAGACUCAUUAAAUACAAUACAGUCAUACAAAAUGGGGCUAAAAUGACUAAAUGUGGAAAUGAUGAAACACGAACACUGAACAAAAAAGUGUAAAAUUACCCCUAACUGGCAGUGUACAGUUUCCUUCAUGCUUGUUCUUCUUGAGAUAAAUGAGCUCGUCAUUGGGAGUAAAAACCGAGUCACAGUCAGUCUGUUAGCAGAAAUUACUUAAUAACUUAACUGACUUAAUGAGUUAAUAAUUUAAGACCACAGCUGACUCACGGUGGGGGUCUCAGCAGACUAGUCAGGGGAAGUUGGUCUAUCAGGAUCAGCUCUACCAUGCUCAGCAGCUGUCUGUGUGGAGGUUGAAAAUAAAACUAGAAAGAGCUUCACGUCUGUACAAAAACUUCACAUUGCUGAACACAGUGGAAGUUUUAAUAAAGAAACACAGUUUGAAUCUUUUGCUUUCUGUAAACUCCCAAAGAAAACUUAAAUGCUUAAUUUUACUGAAUUUAUUCUAAAUUUAAACAGUUUAAAACAAAAUAAGGGAUAUACAGAAGAAAAGAUGGCAGCAUAAUCCAUUCAAAAAUCAUUAAAAUUGCAGCUCUGGGUCUUUAAGGCUCUCAUUUGAGAAGCUAGCAUAAUUUUUUUAAUGCUAUCUUACACUCGUUUAUUUUUUUCCCAGCAGGAACAGAUUCAGUCUCAGCCCCUCAGUGAUAAUCUAAAUUUCAACAGCUUUCAGCACACCUGCCCCAGAUUAACAGCUGAGGUUGUAAAUGAGCGUCUCGUCACAAACUGACACCUCGGCAAUAAUGAAAAUGCUAAAUUGUGCAGCUGUUGUUCCUCCUUUCCUCCUCUUUUAAAGGCGUUCACUCAACACCUUCUGCAAAAAACACACUCCUGUUCACGUCUCUGCCGCUGCUGCUCUCCACCGCACACACACACACACUCACUCACUCACACACACCUUCCACCUGAGACUCUCUCCUCUCAGCUCCUCUGAUUCACCGUCAGCCACACUGCAGUCUGACUCACUGUCUGCCUGAGGAGCACAAAAUGGAGGCAUGAAAACACUGAAACAACUAAACUGUCCGUCAAAGAUUAAAACAGUUAACUGGGGUUUUGGGGAUAAUUAUUAACAUGUUAUCAGUGUGUUGGUACUUGUAUUGCCCGACAGUAACCUCAUAACAAGUGUGAGAACUGGAGUGUUAACAUUUAAGAUUCAAUAAUAUGUGUCUGAUAAACUCAAAAUGUUUAUUCUACAUAAUUUUCUGUUACUCUCUAAAUGAGACAGUAGUUUAUAAAAUGAACAGACUUUAAAUUAACAAUGCAAAUAUUUACUUUAAGAGAGAAGUAUUAUCAUGAUUUCAUUUGCCCGCCUAAAAGCCUAAAUAUUGAACAGUAUGGGACGUAGCGUGAGCUUGUUUUACUGUGAAGGUGAUCUUCAAAUGAAACAAACUUAAAUUGUAAAAGAAAAUCAUUUGAAAAGUUGAUUUUUACAGUUUUAGUGUUGAAAUUCAGGGUGGCCAAUUCAUUUUUAAGAGGGGCUGUGACACCCCUGUCCAACGCUUUGAACACGCCCCUGGUAGUGAGUCCCUGAGAGAUGAUCGAGACGCACACAUGGCGUUAGGCGUGAGAUUAAAGGAUCUUGAGCGUGAAUUUUAUGAUAUGCGUGAAAAUUAAGUCCCUAAAUUCCUGUGUGCUCAAUUUGGGAUUGGGCAACUGACUGCGAUCAGCGGAGUCGCCUCCUGCUGGUCAUGAGUUGAAAUGCAGGUUUCUGGUUCCCCCUUUCUAAUGACAAGGGCGUAGCAACUUUAACAUUCACACCUGAGCAUGAGACAGCAAAUAUUCCUCCUAGAAUAAUAAACCCUGCAUGUGUUUGUUUAUCUUUGUACCCACAGAAAGCGUUGGACAUGAAGAGGGAGGAGUACGAACGUUUACCAGGGUGGAAGCAAGUGAACUUAAAGAAGGCCAAAGGACUGUUUUAA